AUGAAGGCGGAAGUAGAAAUGCCCAAGCGCAAAAUCGAGAAGAGUGUGAUAUCCACAGACCUCAGCACCAUCUCUGAUUCCUCUAAACCCACGGACUCAUCUGUAACCACCUUUACCAGAGAAUAUGGAAGUCCUGAGCCCACCUCAAGUCCCAGUGAUGCCUUUUCUACUUCCAGUAGUUUGGGCCAAACCACCAUGUUCUUUCCACACCCAUACAACUGUGAUGACGACCCAGUCUUCAGCUAUGACACCAAUAUUUUUUGUCCCUUGGGCUUCCAUGGUGACCGCUGUGAAUUCUACCCCUUCACAGGCCAGUGCCAGAAUGGGACCAUCUGGAAUGGAAAAGAGUGUGUCUGUGCCCAAGGCUUCUUCGGUUACCAAUGCAAGUCCCUUGUGGACUCCUUCUUCCUAGAAAUCCCAGAAAUAAUCAAUGCCACUUUAGGUGUGACAGUGAAAGUGACUAACAAGAAUUUCACAAAAGAUCUGAAUAACAUAUCCUCCCCAGACUACUGGAAUUUCACUCAACUAUUCAAGAGUCAGAUGGAUAAAGCUUACAUGGGCAAAGACUUUCCCCAGUACAGAGGCGUGAUCAUUAGGAGACUGUUCAAUGGCAGUGUUGUGGUGGAACAUGACGUCAUCAUGGAGGCAAACUACACUUCAGAGUUUGAGGAACUAUUUGCAAACCUCUCUAAACUCAUAAAGGUCAAGAUUAUGAAUGAGACCAAAAGGCUAUCUGGUGAUUCUGAAGAGUGCAGAGCCUCCUCACAUCUGUGCUUCAGUGAGGAAGCCACCAUCGUGAGCGAGAACGUGAUGCUGGGGUUUGACUUGAAGGAGCAAUGCACUCAGAAGGCUGCGAAGGACUAUGCCCAGUUCUACUUUGUGGAUGAGCUGGAUGGGAAGCUGGCCUGUGUGACCAAAUGCACCUCGGGGACGAAGUUGCAACUGAACUGUAAUGAGGGAGAAUGCCAGCUGCAACGCAGUGGCCCCCGCUGCCUAUGCCCAACCUCGGACACACACUGGUACUGGGGAGAGACGUGUGCAUUGAGCACCAGCAAGAGCCUGGUGUACGGGAGUGUGGGGGCCGUGGGAGCACUGCUGGUGGUCAUGGUGGUGAUCCUGACCGUCUUCCUUGGCCGAUCCCAGAGAAAACUGCACAGGCAAGAAUACAAUUUGUGGCAAGGAGAAGAUCUUCCUGGCGGCUUCCAGAACACAGGAAUCUGGGAAGAUGAGAAUCUGAAGGAAGACAGAUUCACCCUUGAAAACAUCUACAGCCAUUUCCAGCCCUCUCUGGAGAACGUUGACCCUACUACAGAGCUCCACAUCCAGAGGCCCAGGGUCCUGACAACUGCUCACUCCUGUCUUGCCAUGCUGCUGCUGGGCAGGCUACAUUCGGGAGAAGAGCCAGGGCUUUGGGGUGCGUCCAAGUUAGCCUUUCUGAGCUUGCUUCCUCUCCAGAAAGAGAAUAAGAACUCGGACUUGUCAGGGCUGGAGGGUUAG